GACGUCACUUCCCGUUUGUUGCGGUUGCACGCUUAGAGUUUGAGCUCCGUCGAGUUAAUUUCUUAUUGUCUGUUUUUCAAUUCAAAAUCAAUUUUAUACACAAUCAUUCUUGUUUCUUAUAACGUGUGAAUAUACCCCCUAUUGUAUUCUACAACUAAAACAUCCGGAUUGCUUUGUUAUCACUAGUUUUGUUUUGAUUUCCGGAGUCGCUAGCUUAUAGCCCGUUAGCAGCACCAGCGUGGUUGCCGCUAAUCCUGCUUGCAUUGUUUACACACUGCUUACACACAUUUCCAUUGUUUACUCACUGUUACUUGCUUUAAUGGCGAAUUUGUGUCCACCUUUGAGUGCAGGUGAGGACACGUUCGAGCUGCACUCGUUGCAGCUCGAGCUGGAUGCCGUGGAGAAGCAGAUCCAGGAGCUGUUGGUGCGGCAGACGGAGCUGAGAGAGCGGAGGGCCGCUCUGGAGUCCUCCCGGGUGAGUAUACAGCGUGAUACUAACACUCUGACCACCUCUACUCCGUGUGCUUCUCUGCACAGCUCCCGUGCACCCUGGACGCGAUCUUCCCAGAUGUCCUUCACUCCGGCGCCGGGACACCACGGACCCUGGGUGCAGCAGCAGCGGAAGACGCGAGCCAGGCCCCGGCCGAGGACCUCGCCGCCUCCGGUCUUCGAGAUCUCCACCCGGAACCGCUUCGCUCCCCUCCGCGAGACGGAACGCGACGCUGUGAUCGUCGGAGACUCCAUUGUCCGGUACGUACGUGCUACUUUAGCUAAAGGUAAAGUCCACAUCCACUGUUUUCCUGGUGCUCGCGUUCUCGAUGUUUCUGCGCAGAUACCCGCGAUCCUGAAGGACGGCGAGAGCGUCGGCGCGAUCGUCCUGCACGCGGGGGUGAACGACACCAGGCUGCGGCAGACGGAGGUUCUGAAGAGGGACUUCAGCAGCCUGAUCGAGACUGUUCGCAGCACGUCGCCCACGAUGAGGAUCAUCGUGUCAGGACCCCUUCCCACGUAUCGACGUGGGCACGAAAGGCUUUUCCGUGCUGAUGGCCUGCACCCCAGCAGAGUCGGAGCGGAGCUGCUGUCGGACAACAUCUCCAGGACGCUACGCUCCAUUUGACUAGAAUUCACAAGCUCCAGUGUGGAUCCAGAACACUUAAGAAAAGAUGAUGCCAGCCCUUCAGAGGACUUCAGAUGAUGCCAACCCUGAUGCCAACCCUGAAAACAUACAGCACUACCAAAUUCUGCUACAAAUUUAUAGUGUUCUUUGUCUGUUUGAUUACGUCAUUAAUUGAUCUUUACCACACAUCUCUACCAUAUGUACAUCAAGCUACUACUACAUAUAUUGUAAAAAUGUCAAUUUGGUGUAAAGCUGCUUUGCAACGAUAUGUAUCGUGAAAAGCGCUAUACAAAUAAAUUUGAAUUGAAUUGAA